AAUUCGGACAGUUUUCAGUGAAGCACUAUAUCGGAGAGGUGUCAUGGCGUCGAGUUACCUUGUCAGUCGUGGUGUAGCCGCUCUUGGUAUUCACCUCCAACAUGUUUGUAGGAAUGUUCUCCUUACCCAGACCAGAGAAAAGAAGCGAUGGAUGAAAUCAUAUACUCUAUUGAUGGAAAGGAAAAGAAAGCUGGAGGGACCACCGCCACCAAAGCCGCGAUCUCAUCAACCCAACUGGGACUACCAUGCAGAAGUACAAGCCUUCAGCAGCAGGCUUCAGGAAAACUUUUCCCUGGAGCUCCUGAAGACCGCCUUUGUGAACCCCUGCUAUGUGCGGAGCGAGGAGGAGAACCGGCGCAAGCUGGGCCUGGAGGGUGAGGCUGCCGCCCUCAGCCUGAGGGACAACACGGACCUGCGAGGGCGUGGCCUGGACUUCACGCACAGCUUCCUCUCUGACUGGUGCCGGGGAAACUUCCCCAACCUGCCGGCGGAGGCCGUGGCUGCCGUGGUGGGUCACCUGACCUCUCCCACAGUCAUGUGCCAUGUGGCGCGGAACCUGGCGGUGGAAGACCUCGCGAUGAGCAGCCAGUGUCCUGUGCCAGACGAGGUCCUGCAGGCCACCUUCUUCGCUGUGAUUGGAGCUCUCCAUGAAAGCAGCGGGGCAGAGCAGGCUGGGUUUUUCCUCCGGGACUUCCUGGUCCCACAGCUUAUAGGGAAGGAUUUGUUUGAGGUGUGGCCGGUGGUGAACCCCAUGGGCCUGCUGGUAGAAGAAAUGUCCCGAAGAAAGCAGUCCCUCCCUGAGCCUCGCCUCAUCAGAUCGGCGGGUGCCAGCACGGUUCUCCCCCUCUACUUUGUGGGACUCUAUAGUGAUAAGAAGCUUCUUGCUGAGGGUCCGGGGGAGACGGUCCUGGCUGCGGAGGAGGAAGCUGCCCGUGUGGCCUUGAGGAAGCUGUACGGGUACACAGAGAAUCGGAGGCCCUGGGACUUCUCUCCUCAGAGCCAACACCCUGCUCCUGCUGUCCGUGCCCUCCAAAGCACAUAGGGCAGUCUGCCACUGAAGAACCACCGCUGUCCAAGAUUGGACCACAAUGUCCAAAAUUUCCCCCGGGACUUACUUCCUUCCCCAGAACCUUGAUCAUAGACUCGGUGUGAUAUCAGGAGGGGUGCUGUGGAGCACAUCAGCUGGUACCACACACAUGCACACACACAACAAUUAAAGAGAUUCAAUGCUUUUCUAACUAUUGUUUAUAUAUGUGCAAAGUGUCAUAAAUAAAACUAUUACUGAGA